CCCACGUGCUGUCACUAAAACUUGUCAUAUUUUUAAGGUGCUGUUAGAACAUCUUGCUUAUGUGAUUCUCUUUAAGUCCAACCUCAUACAAAACACAAAUGAUGAGCAGCAUAACAACAUUACUUCUUUGGUUCUUUUUUACAUCCCACAUGAUAACUGUCACAUCAACAGACAGUUUAGCAAUGAGUCAAUCUAUUCGAGAUGGCGAAACGUUAAUCUCGGCCGGCCGAAAUUUUGAACUGGGUUUCUUUAGCCCCGGAACUUUAACAAGUCGAUAUUUGGGUGUGUGGUACAGAGCUUCAUCAGGGAAUGCAACAAUUGUGUGGGUGGCAAACAGAGAAAACCCCCUUCACAACAAGUUAGGAGCUUUAAGGUUAAACAACAAGGGGAUUCUUGAGCUUCUUAGUAACACAAAUAAAACCAUUUGGUCAUCCAACAUCAUAGCAAGCAAAACCAAAGCCAUGAGUAGCUCAUUUGUACAACUCUUGGAUACAGGAAAUCUUGUAGUGAAAAAUGGACAAGAUACUAAUAAUGAGGACAAUCCUUUGUGGCAAAGUUUCGAUUAUCCUGGCGACACAUUGAUGCCAGGAAUGAAGGUUGGAUUGAACUUUGUUACUGGGAAGAAUGCAUCUCAAUCAUGCUGGAAAAGCGACGAGGAUCCUGCUGUGGGAGAAUAUUCUCUCAAAUUUGAUCCUAGAGGAUAUCCACAAUUGAUGCAGAUGAAAAGAUCUGCAAUAAGUAUCAGACGAGGGUCAUGGAAUGGCCGUUAUUUUACUGGAUCUCCAGCUGAGGACAUGCAUGAAUUUAAAACUGAUUUUGUGUUCAACAAAGAAGAGGUCUCUUAUGAGUUUGAAAUUCUUGAUAGAUCAAUCUUCUCUGUAUUCAAAAUGGACCCUUCUGGGAAUACACAAAUUAUGGUUUGGGAAAUUCAAACAAGAAUUCCAGUGGAAGUUUCCAUGAUCAAUGGACCAAAUGCAUGUAAAAGUUAUGCAUUUUGUGGUCAAAAUUCUUGGUGCUUUAUGGAUGGCAAUUUUGCUGUAUGCCAAUGCAUGAAAGGUUAUACUCCCAGGUUUCCUGAACAAUGGAAUACAUCACAGUGGUCUGGUGGUUGUGUUAGAAAGACUCCAUUGAAGUGUAAUGAUACAAAUGGAUUCUUCAGGUAUGAGUACAUGAAAAUGCCGGACACAUCUUCUUCAUGGUUUAGCGAGACCAUGAACCUCGAGGAAUGUGGAAACUCAUGCCUGAAAAAUUGUUCAUGUGUUGCAUAUGCAAGUUUGGAUAUCCGAAAUGGAGGAACUGGUUGUCUACUUUGGUUUGAUUAUCUUGUUGAUGUGAUGCAAUUUUUUAAGGCCGGUCAAGAUCUUUAUAUUAAAGUCCCUGCAUCAGAAUUAGAUAUUGACCAUGGACACAACAAGAAAAUCAAAGUGGGAAUUGCAGCUGGUGUCAUUGUCUUCGGAUUAAUCACAAUUGUCAGCAUAAUGAUAAUUACAAAACCAGGGGCAACAAGGAUUUUAUGCAGAAGGUGGCAACGACGAGAAAACAUUGAUCUACCAACAUUUGAUUUCUCAAUCCUAGCUAAAGCUACAGAAAACUUUUCAAGUUGCAACAAACUUGGAGAGGGUGGUUUUGGACCAGUAUACAAGGGCACGUUGUCAGAUGGUCAACAUUUAGCUGUGAAAAGGCUUUCAAAAAAGUCUACACAAGGAUUGGAGGAGUUUAAAAAUGAAGUGGUAUUGAUAGCCAAACUUCAACAUCGCAAUCUUGUGAAACUUCUUGGUUGUUGCAUUCAAGGAGCAGAGAAAAUAUUAAUCUAUGAAUACAUGCCUAACAAAAGCUUGGACUACUUUGUUUUUGAUGAAAUAAGGAGGAAGCUACUCAAUUGGCAUAAGCGUUUCGAUAUUAUUAGUGGCAUUGCUCGUGGACUUCUUUAUCUUCAUCAAGAUUCUAGACUAAGGAUUAUUCACAGAGAUCUAAAAACCAGCAAUAUUUUAUUAGAUGCAAAUAUGAAUCCAAAAAUAUCAGACUUUGGUCUAGCAAGAACAUUCUUAGGAGACCAAGCAGAGGAUAAGACAGACAGAGUAGUUGGAACAUAUGGCUAUAUGCCUCCGGAGUAUGUAGUGCACGGACAAUACUCAAUGAAAUCAGAUGUUUUUAGCUAUGGUGCAAUUGUAUUAGAGUUGAUAAGUGGGAAGAAAAAUAGACAGUUCUCGGAUCCAGAACACAACCUUAAUCUUCUUGGGCAUGCUUGGAGAUUAUGGUCUAAUGAGAGGCCAUUGGAACUAUUAGAUGAAGUAUUAAAGGAAGGAUGCACCCGUUCUGAAGUCAUACGAUGCAUACAAGUGGGUCUGUUAUGUGUGCAGCAAAGACCAGCAGAUAGACCAGACAUGUCAUCAGUGGUUCUAAUGCUAAAUGGUGAGAAGUUGUUGCCGAAGCCAAAAGUUCCCGGGUUUUAUAAUGACAGAAGUGUCACACUUGAAACAGAUUCUUUGUUGAAGAAUUACACAUCAUUUUCAACCAAUGAAAUUUCCAACACAAUGUCAGAUCACAAGUUGAUUCAUAGCACUUUUUUUCUUCCAUUGGUUGUGGCAAUUACAUUAGGGAAUGCAUUUGGUGGGAGACUUUCAACCUCCUAUGUAUGUGCUCAUGCUGCUGAAGGACAAUCAUACAAUGCAUAUGUAGUUUUUGCUAAAACCAUCUUCCGUGGUCACCGUUUAGAAGUUCUACAAAUGAUUGAAAACUUAAGGAUGCUGCUUAUUUCAUUACUUCUCAUGUCCUGCAUGAGAACAAUCACUUCAAGAGACAGUUUAGAAGUAGGUCAAUCUAUCCAAGAUGGUGAGACUUUGGUUUCUGCUGGUGGAAGCUUUGAAUUGGGUUUCUUUAGUCCUGGGAUUCCAACAAAUAGAUACUUAGGUGUGUGGUACAGAGAUGCAUCAGGGAAUUCAACAGUUGUGUGGGUGGCAAACAGAGAGAUACCAAUUCAAAGUAACUCAUCAGGUGUUUUGAGACUAAGCAAGAAGGGGAUUCUACAGCUUCUGAAUGGCACUAACAGCACCACUUGGUCUUCCAACACCUCAGACAACACUUUGGGGAGCUCAAUUGCACAACUCUUGGAUUCGGGAAAUCUUGUAGUGAAAAAUGGACAAAGUACAGAGGAGAAAAACUUUUUAUGGCAAAGUUUUGAUUAUCCAUGUGAUACACUGAUGCCAGGAAUGAAGCUUGGAUUGAACUUAGUUACUGGUUUUGACAUAUCUAUGUCAUCCUGGAAAAGUGCAGAGGAUCCUGCUGUAGGAGAAUAUUCUAUAAAGUUUGAUCCUAGAGGAUAUCCACAAUUAAUACAAUGGAAAGGAUCUGUUAAAUAUUUCCGAACAGGGACAUUUAAUGGCCUUUAUUUCACUGGAUAUCCAACCCAGGAAGAUGAAUAUAGACAGGAUUUUGUAUUGGACAAAACCGAGGUGAGUUGGAAGUUUGAAAUACUUGAUAGAUCAAUUUUCUACCUGUAUAAACUACAACCUUCAGGUACUUCAAUAGGUACUAUUUGGAAAAAUCAAACAAGAACUGAGUUGGAACUUGCCACAAUUGAUGGAUACAAUGGGUGUGGAAGUUAUGCCUUUUGCGGUUCAAAUGCUAUAUGCAAGGUUGAUGCUAACCUUGCAUCAUGUGAAUGCCUAAAAGGAUAUGUUCCCAAGUUCCCCCAACAAUGGAAUAUGUCAAAUUGGUCUGAUGGUUGUGUUAGGAAGACUUCACUGGAUUGUAAUAACACUAAUAGCUUCUUAAGGUACACAGAUAUAAAAGUGCCAGACACUUCAUCCUCAUGGUAUAACAAGACCAUGAAUCUCAAGGAAUGUGAAAAUAUUUGCCUAAAAAACUGUUCUUGUGUUGCUUAUGCAAAUUUGGAUAUCCGUAAUGGAGGAAGUGGUUGUCUACUUUGCUUUAAUCAUCUUAUUGACAUGGUACAAUUCUCAAGAGCUGGUCAAGAUAUUUAUAUCAAAGUCCCUACUUCGGAAUUAGGUAAUGACCACGGAAAUUUGAAGAAAAAGAAGGUGCGAAUUGCAGUUGGUGUGAUUAUUUUCGGAUUAAUCACUUGUGUUAGCAUAGUGAUAAUAAAAAAAUCAGGAGUUGCAAGAAUAAUUCAAAGAAAUAGGCAAAGACAGGUCACUGAGCUACCAACAUUUGAUUUCUCAGUCUUAGUUAAAGCAACAGAGAACUUUUCAAGUAGUAACAAACUUGGAGAAGGUGGUUUUGGAUCAGUAUACAAGGGCACACUAACAAAUGGUCAAGAGUUAGCUGUGAAAAGGCUUUCAAAAAAGUCUAAACAAGGUUUAGAAGAGUUUAAAAAUGAAGUGGCAUUGAUAGCCAAACUUCAACAUCGUAAUCUUGUAAAGCUUCUUGGCUGUUGCAUUCAAGGAGUAGAAAAAAUAUUGAUUUAUGAAUACAUGCCAAACAAAAGCUUAGACUACUUUGUUUUUGAUGAAAUCAGAAAGAAGAUGCUAGAUUGGCUUAAGCGUUUCAACAUUAUCAGUGGCAUUGCUCGGGGAUUUCUUUAUCUUCAUCAGGAUUCUAGACUGAGGAUUAUUCAUAGAGACCUAAAAACUAGCAAUAUUCUAUUAGAUGCAAAUUUGAAUCCUAAAAUAUCAGACUUUGGCCUAGCUCGGACAUUCUUAGGUGAUCAGCUCAAGGCUAACACGAACAGGGUAGCUGGAACAUAUGGUUAUAUGCCUCCCGAGUAUGCAGUACAUGGACAAUAUUCAAUGAAGUCUGAUGUUUUUAGCUAUGGUGUCAUACUACUAGAGUUGAUAAGUGGGAAGAAGAAUAGAGAAUUUUCAGAUCCAGAAAACUACCUUAACCUUCUUGGACAUGCAUGGAGAUUAUGGACUGAUGAGAAGCCAUUGGAACUGCUAGAUGAAGUGUUAAAGGAAGGAUGCACACCACUUGAAGUAAAAAGAUGCAUUCAAGUGGGCCUGUUAUGUGUGCAACAAAGACCAGAAGAUAGACCAGACAUGUCAUCAGUGGUUCUAAUGUUGAAUGGUGAGAAAUUACUGCCCAAGCCAAAGGUUCCUGGUUUUUAUACUGAAAGAGGUGUUACAAUUGAAGCAGAUUCUUUGAUGCAAAAUCACACAUUGUUUUCAGCCAAUGAAAUCUCCAUCACAACAUUAUAUGCAAGAUAGAAUAUGAAAGCAAGGCAGGGACAUGAAUUUACCUCAAUAUACAGGAUAAUUAGAUUACUCUAGCAUGUAGAAUAGCUUUACAACCUUUCAACAAUCAACUCUGUAUUUGCUGUGAAUUUCAACUUCAUCUCUUAUUUUCACAUAUCUGUUUAUUUUUCUCCUACACAAGUUACAGCAACAUGCUAAAAGCACAUCUCUUUUUAAAAA